AUGAGCCAGCCGUCUUUUAGUUUAUCCAGUGAGCAGUUGCAAUACUGGAUAUCAGAAGCUGUCGCAAAUAUCGUAAGCAAGCAGAGUGAGACCAAUCCCCCAAUGCCCAUAGAGCCACUGAAAACCCCCAUGGCCACACGGGAACUGAGUCAAGGUACAGAACCCGACUUAAUAAAUGACAAUUACCUUGCAUUAACACCAAGCUAUGAUAACGAUUUAGGCCAUAAAGUGUCAAAUAAAUUUAAAUUUAAAAUCGUUAAUGGCGAGUACAUCAAUUUGGGUUUGUUAGUCGAAAAUUCACAUAGGGUCGAUCCAAAUGAUGAGACCAGAUAUUUUUCCAUGAGAGAGGGUAGCCUCACCCUGGCCCCAAAAACUAAAGCAAGGGUAAUUAACGACAUUCAAGUAUGGACGGAUGCUUUUCUCAUUUACGCAUCCAUAUAUGCCUCAGUCCAUCCCGAGAGCAGUGCUCAGUUGUUCAAAUAUAUUCAUACUAUUAGGUUAGGGGCAAGUAGAAUAAAGACACUCGGGUGGCGCAACUAUGACAUCCAGUUUAGGCUCAAGACGGAGGCUGACCCAUCUCUCUCAUUUGCUGUUGUCGAUCAGGGGCUAUGGCUCUUGAAUAUGUACAGUGCCCCUAGCACCCAGAUUUCCUCACCUCAGCCCCCUUCUUAAGUAUUCAUUUACAAGGGCAUAUGUAAUAAACUCGUAUGUCAAUACAAGCAUGAAUGUAUGAUAUGUUCACAAAACCAUCCCUACAUUAAACACAAGACAUCCUCAGGCUCUAGUUUGAAUUUUAGGUCAACUGGUCUGCAAGCAACAUGGCGGCCUCAUCUACCCAGGAGACCCACAGCACCAAGUUCAGCUAUUAGAGCAUCUUAUGCCCAAUCAGCUAGACCUCAGUCAUGUUACGAAGGUCCCCGAGUGGCCACUGACUGUAAUAAUCUUAAAUCCUUGUCUGGGUUACAGUAUGAAGUUAUUCAGUUGGUUGUUAAUGAAAUCAUGUUGGGCAGAGUUGCAGGUCCAUUCAAUCAGCCCCCUCUACCUAACCUUAGGUUGUCUCCAGUGGGCAUGGUACAAAAGAAGGGGAUUCUUACAGAUUGA